UUCCCGCUGUCGGCACCUGCAGCAGCCUGGGUGGCAGUUCUCAGGAGGGUGGUGGAAUAAUUCAAUGUGGAGAGGCACGGGAAUGUUUUGUUUUUACAUUGUAUUAUAAAUACGGGAGAUUUACGCGACAUUAGUAAUACGGGAGGACAGGAAAGAGGCGUAAAAUACGUUUGUUUCGUGGGUCCAAACGGGAGACUCUGCAGUCAUGCUGACUAUUCAGAUUCACCUUAAACCACCAGAAGGGGUCUUUUCUCGUUGUUGAUUUGUUGGUUUUCACCGAUGGCUAAUACAUCCAGUGUUCUUCAUUCACUGAUGCUGAUCUUCAUAACCUGGAGGGGGAGCAUGCGCUGCUGUGCCAUCACAGUGGAUCCCCCGGAGGAUCUUGCAGUAUUGGACUCUGGUCGCCUCGGACAAAUGCAGAUUACUUGGCGUCCACCAAGCAGCCUGACGAAAAUGACAAAGUGCCUUCCUCAGUACCAGCUGGAGUAUUUCAACACAUACAAGAACAACUGGGAGACUCUCAGAACCCCGAGGAGGACCUACAGCACCCAGUUUGACCCGUCCAAAGACGUCCAUAUAAAAGUUUACACCAUUCUGAAUGGAGAGUGCACCAACAACACGAUGAUCAUGAGCAAAAACUGCACUGAGACGAUUCUGAAACCUCCCAGCACAGGAAUAUUGGAUGCAGAAGCCAAAGCGUUUAUUUGCGUGUACCAUAAUAUGGAGAACCUGGAGUGCAGCUGGACACGCAGCCUGAAGACACCACCCAGCGCACUGCACAAUCUCUACUUCUGGCAUAAGUCCCUGGAUCAGGCAGUUGAAUGCCCCAGCUAUAUUUUGUCAGGUGGAGUCAGGAAGGGCUGCAACUUCUCAGGAAAGCCUCUUCCUGAAUUCACUGACAUCUACUUCUGUGUAAACGGCUCCUCCCGCGAAGGGCCCCUGAAGGCAACAUUCUUCUCCCUGCAGAUUCAAAACCAGGUGAAGGUUACAGCUCCAGAUAAGCUGCAUCUGCAAACGAGUUCUGACACGGAGUUGGAGUUUCACUGGGAGAAUCCCACUGGGAGGCUUCCUGGUCACUGCCUUGAGUGGGAAGUGAGACACCAUCAUGUGGGGACUGAUGGAAAAAUAUCUUUGAACCACAUUCACACCGAGAAGCCCCGCCUGACUCUGCCUUUCAGCAACAGCAAUGAGAGAAACUGCUUCCAGGUUCGGUCCAGGCUGAACUCUUAUUGUGUGGACCAAAGCUUCUGGAGUGAUUGGAGCCAUGAAACUUGCCAUCCAGUUUUGGAUAACAGAGAAACCGCUCUGGGACCAGAAAUGAGUUCUGUGUCGAUCUACAUCUACGUUGCUGUUGUCAUCAUCGUCAUCCUGGUGGUGUCUCUGUGUGUGUGGGCAGCAGUCAACAUGAGGAAAGCAGGACCACAGAAGAAAGUGGACUCUCUGCUUCCCAAGCUGCUUACCAACAACUUGACUCAGAGAGUUUCAAAGAUCUACAGCGGCAAGAAAAUGUGCACUGAUGUCGUCAUUUAAAAACAUUUCAGAACUCGUCUUUUUUUUUUGUUCAUUGUUAUUGUUGCACUUCUACUUAUGUUUGACGCUGCCUGUCCAGGUAAGUUAAUCACUGUACUACUCUGUACAGUGUUUUAUUCACAAAAAUGUCUAACAUUCAACAGAUAUGUUAAACAGAACUAGAAAACUACUUUAGAGGGGAAAAAAAAUCAAGAGUUUUCGGUUUAUUGUUUAUUUUUUGUCAAAGCUCUUGCUGGAGGAUCAAACAGGCUGCAGUUACUUAACCAGGAUGUUUUACAGUUUGCCAAAUGUCUUGCCAAGUGAUUUACUUAACAGAAGUUGCAAAAUUGUUGCGUAUUGUAUAUACAUGUACAUUUAUGUAUUUUGUGAUGUUAUUUACUUGUUUAAUAUGUGCCUCAAAUCUUGCCAGAAACCUGAUAAAACAAGUAAUUUUUUUAUGAAACAAAAAAAAGGAAAUUUGAUGGUUAAUGUGUUCAAAAUGUAUUUGUAACCAUCUCUGUUGCACACUUUGGACCAGAGAAGUUUUUAUUCACCAGCCUAGUAUUUCUAAUGCAACUGGAAGUGUAACAAGACCAGAAGAAAUGAGUGUGUCAGUGUUUUAAUGCCACAAACGUUGCCAUUUUUGGGGGAAUUGACCCCAACAGGACUUUUACCAUGGCUUGCUUUUUUCCAACACAAGCAAACAUGAUUGGUACCUUGACAGUAAGAGUUAAAAAUCACCACACUCCCUUUGCCUCCUGGUUUCAUUUGAAUUUUAAUGUUACUUUAUGGCUCUAAUAACCUGAAAAUGUAAAUAGAAGUAUAGAUUUAAUAAAUGUAAGCCUUCAUAUUCACAAUACAUCUUAUUUUGUUGCGUAUUCAAGUUGUGGGGAUGAAUUGUUUGUUUCUAUGUUUUAUCAAUUUAGCACUUAAACAAGGAGCUUUUAUUUAUGCACCUAUACUAUCUUUUAUUGAGAGACAAUUUAAGGAUGUAUUUUUGUAUGUUUGUUUUAUGUUGGGCAUACAUUUUCAGAUGUGAAACCUUUUAGGUUUUGUUCGACAAAUAAAGUUGAGUUAAAAUAAUGUUUUUGUCAAUUUGUGUUGUGGUUUGCAUAAAAAGGAAAGCACCAGAUUUUAAAAUUGGUAAUAUAUAUAUUAAAAAAUGCUAUUUUCUCCUGAUAUAAUUAAGAACCUGACAUUUCCUACAUAUCUGUAAGUGGGAAGAAAAUAUGACAGUCUGUACAUAAAUAUCUGCUUUUGUGAAGCUUGGAAGAGAUUUGUAUACAUUCCUCUUUGUAACCUAUUUUUAAUAACGUAUUAUGAAUAAACAAUAUAUAUAUGGUA